AUGAUUAAACAACAACAACUUAAGGCGCAAAGCGCCCAGGUCCUUCAGACCAUUACAUACGCCAUAUAUGCAUAUAAUUCAAAGACGGCAGAACAAACGCAAAGGUUGAAAUAUGGAGAUUUGGAGAUAGUAUUGAAAAAUGACCAUUUCGAAUUCGUUUGCAAAGGUGGUGCAGUGAUAUCAAAUAUAAAAGAAAUUUUAUUUAUGAAUUCAAAAAUUAAAGGAAUAACGGAUGAUAUAACAUCAAUUCCACCAGAAGAACAGAGAUAUUACGCAUUAAAUGCAUUUCCUAAAGUUUUGAAGAUUGGAAGAUUUAAUUUAAAUGAGGAAUUCAUAGAAGGUUUCCUAAAUGACAUAAUGAAGAAGGUGGAUAAGGAAUAUGUGGAUAGUGAGUUAAAUAAGAAGGCAAAUUUGGUUUAUGUUGAUGAAAAAGAUAAUGAAAUUAAAGAAAAGGUUGAAUGGUAUCAUGAAUGGACAUUUGAGACUUUUAAAGUUAAAGCUGAUACAGAAUGGGUUUCAGGAUGUUUAGACCUUAAAGCAGAUAAAACUUAUGUUGAUGAAAAUUAUGCAAAGAAGUCGGAAGUAAAUGAUGUGAUUACAAGCAUGAAAAAUGAAAUACUUCAAACAUUAUAUCCUGUUGGUUCUAUUUAUACGUCAAUGAACUCAACAAAUCCAUCAACAGUUUUAGGUUUUGGUAUGUGGAAGCAGAUUGUAGAUAAAUUCUUAUACUGUGCUAGAUAUUCAAAGCAAACAGGAGGUUCGAAGAAAAUUAAAGAAGCAAACCUUCCACCACACACUCAUACAGGAACUACAAACACAACAGGUAAUCAUUCACAUUCAAUAACAAAAAGAGGUUAUACAAAUCUUGCAGCGGGUUCGGAUAGACAAGGAAUGAAUAGAUCUGAUAUCACAACUGACCCAGUAGAUUCAAGCACAGGUAUUUUCUGUGGAACCGCAGGAAAUCAUUCACACACUUUCACAACAAAUCCAACAGGCUUGGGUAAAGAUUAUAUGCCACCAUUUGUGACUGUAUUCGCAUGGUACCGCAUUCAUUGA